GACUUAGUUAUUUGGCACUCGUCAUUGAGCAGAGGUUGACACAAGAAAUAAAAUUGUGAUCCAAAACAAAGUUUCCCUUAAAAAUAUGCCAGUGAAAUUUCAUUUAGUGGUAUUUAUCUUAUAUAUAUAUGUAGAUGCUGUGUUUUCUUCGUUUUGUUAUUGGAAUACAGCAUGUUCUUAUAGAUAUUUUUCUACCAAAACUCCUUAUAAUGCGGUAAGAGGUGACAUACGGGAUUCAGUCAUAAAUCUACCAGAAUGUGAACCGAUCAGUAUCUGGGGAAUAUUUCGCAGCGGCAGAACCUACCCCGAUCCAAAAUCAGCUAUAAAAAUGAAGGAAGCAAUCGCUAUCCGUGACCUCGUUGUAUCGAGUUACGAAAAAGGCAGGUGUUCACUCUGCGCUCAAGAUAUCGACAAUCUCCGAGACUGGGCCAUUGACAAGGAUAUGUUUGAUAAAACAAGUGCCUUACAUGAUGAGGGGAGGAAGGAAAUGUUUGGUGUCGCUAGCAGAUUGAAGGAGGUUUACACUCUGCUGAAAGAACUAGAUCGAGCUAAUUACGCAUUUCGAUCAACGCAACAUCGGUGGGUUAAAGAAAGUGCUAAAGCUUUUAUGGAGGGGCUUGGAAACAAAAAUUUAGUAAUGGACGAGCUCACAAGCGAUGCGAUCAAAACUGAUGUUGAAGAGGAUCCCGCUUGGAACAAGGAAAUGAACAAAUAUACGAUUUCUCCGGACUAUUUAGCAGCCAAAGAUAGGAUCCAAAGGCGUUUGGGUCUCGAUUAUAGCCUGACCAGCGACAACAUAACUGCUCUUUAUGAUUUAUGCUGGUACACUUGGUCGGGACUAAACAACAAGGCCAGUCCGUGGUGUGCCUUAUUUACGACCGAGGACCUCAAAGUUUUGGAAUACAUCGGAGACUUAGAACAUUACUACAAAGAUGGCCACGGGCGUCAAAGCACAAAUAUGAACAAUCAAAUUCCUUUACCAGAUCUACUAGAAACUUUUCAAUUGGCAAAAUCUGGGAAAGGUAGAAAAAUAACUGCAUGUUUUACGCGCUCCAGAAUAAUGGAUAUGGUGUAUGCAGCUCUUGGAUGGUUUAAAGACAGCAAACCAAUUACCGCAGCUGACAAAAAACGAGAUCGACUUUGGAGAACCAGCAGAAUCAAUCCUCAUGCAGCGAAUGUUGUCAUGGUUUUAAACAGAUGCGCAUUUAAGAAAACCAGCGACUACCACGUCAUGUUCUACUUGAAUGAAGAGCCGCUACGGUCAGUUUGCGAAGGAGGAAUUUGCUCUUGGACGGAAUUCGAGAAAUUACUUACUCCAUUUCGUGAGACCACGUCUAAUAAGACUGUUUCUUGAAAAUAAGUGGUCAUUAUUAUAACAAAACAUGAAUUAAAAUGAAUAAUAUUAAAUUGUUGUUUUGAUCAAA